UUCACGUUCAGUAGAAAUUUCACCUGUGCCGUAGUAGGUUUUGGAAAUACCUAAUGCGCUGCCUUUGUUAGGUUACAUAGGCUCUUAGUUUAGUUUAGUCUCUGUUAUCUUGUUUUUCUGAUGUUCAGUAGUGUUGCAGUUACAGUUACAGUUAAUAUUAACUAUCCAGAGAGUGGAUAUGUUGUACUACAUUUCCAGGAUCCAUAUUUUGGUCAGUCUUUCCAGUCUUCUCGUCUUUUUUGGGGGCAUCUACAUCUACUUAGGACAUAGCAUACCAUCCUUCAGCGUUUGCCCAGACAAUGGCUGGAGGAUCGGGGACCUAACAAUGCAAACUGGACUGAAAUAUGCUCAGCCAAGCACACAGAAUGGACGCACUGAUGUGAACUCUGUGACGAACUGGAAUGCUCCUCUGGUUUGGGAGGGAACCUUUGAUCCAGUGGUUAUCGAUGCAAUCUAUAAGAAAAUGGACCCACGAGUUGCUGUGGUGGUGUUUGCUGUUGGCAAAUACACACGUUUCCUGAAGGGCUUCCUGGAGUCAGGUGAAAAGUAUUUUCUUGUUGACUUCAGGGUCACUUACUACAUCUUCACAGACAACGAACAAGAUGUCCCCAAAAUUAAACUGGGUAAGGGCCGGACAAUUUCAGUUGUCACCAUCCCUAGUGCCAAACGCUGGCAGGAAGUAGUACUUGGCAGGAUGAAAUGGACCACCAUCACUAUUGACAAACAGAUCCGUAAUGAAGCAGACUAUCUUUAUAUGAUGGACAUCGACAGUGUCUUCCACAGCCGUUUUGGAGCAGAGUCUCUCAGUCAGCUGUCGGCUGUGCUUCACCGUGGCUACUACAAGAAUACACAGAGGGAUCAGUUCCCGUAUGAGCGUCGGGCUGAAUCCAAGGCCUUCAUUCCUUAUGAUGAAGGAGACUAUUAUUACACUGCUGCUGUCUGGGGUGGAUACCUGGAGGACAUGUACAAGCUUGUCAAAUACUGUUACACACAGUCGGAGGAGGACGCCAAGAAUGAGAUUGAAGCUGUGUGGCAGGAAGAGAGUCACCUCAACAAGUAUUGUGUCACAUUUCAUUGCCUAGUCUGCAGUGGUUUUUGCUGCUGUCCUUUUUUCAAGUUUCCAAACAGCUGCUCCUCAUUUCCUGCCAGUCUUUUCUAUCUGUCAGUCUUUGUCACAUUUCCUAAUCCUGUUUUCUUAAAAUACCUUCAUCAAUAAGACUGUAUUAAGUUUUUUCUUGUCUUCUGUACUGUGGACACAUAACAUCUCAUCUACAGUAUUUCUAAGAUUUACAGCUUAUCAGCCUGUCUCUCUGCCAUGCAGGUACCUGCUGUACAACAAACCAACCAAGGUGCUGUCUCCAGAGUACCUGUGGUCAGAUUAUGAUAGCAUACCACAAGACAUUAAAGUUGUCAGGAUCUCCCAGUUGGUCAAGAACUAUGCAGAAGUGCGGCCCAAUG